ACAGUCUUGAUGCACUCAUUCUCAAGGACACUUGAUCCACUGCCAGAGAGGCCCAGAAUUUUCUAACUUACUCUGUGGCAGAAUGAAGCCUCUGCUUGAAACCCUUUAUCUUUUGGGGAUGCUGGUUCCUGGAGGGCUGGGAUAUGAUAGAUCCUUAGCCCAACACAGACAAGAGAUUGUGGACAAGUCAGUGAGUCCAUGGAGCCUGGAGACGUAUUCCUAUAACAUAUACCAUCCCAUGGGAGAGAUCUAUCAGUGGAUGAGAGAGAUCAGUGAGAAGUACAAGGAAGUGGUGACACAGCAUUUCCUAGGAGUGACCUAUGAGACCCACCCCAUGUAUUAUUUGAAGAUCAGCCAACCAUCUGGUAAUCCCAAAAAGAUCAUUUGGAUGGACUGUGGAAUUCAUGCCAGAGAAUGGAUUGCUCCUGCUUUUUGCCAAUGGUUCGUCAAAGAAAUUCUACAAAACUAUAAAGACAACUCGAGGAUACGCAAGCUCCUUAGGAACCUGGACUUCUAUGUCCUUCCAGUUCUUAACAUAGAUGGUUAUAUCUACACUUGGACAAUUGAUCGUCUUUGGAGGAAAUCCCGUUCACCCCAUAAUAAUGGCACAUGUUUUGGGACGGAUCUCAAUCGAAAUUUCAAUGCAUCUUGGUGUAGUAUUGGUGCAUCUAGAAACUGCCAAGAUCAAACAUUCUGUGGGACAGGGCCAGUGUCUGAACCAGAGACUAAAGCUGUUGCCAGCUUUGUAGAGAGCAAGAAGGAUGAUAUUUUGUGCUUCCUGACCAUGCACUCUUAUGGGCAGUUAAUUCUCACACCUUACGGCUACACCAAAAAUAAAUCAAGUAACCACCCAGAAAUGAUUCAAGUUGGACAGAAGGCAGCAAAUGCAUUGAAAGCAAAGUAUGGAACCAAUUAUAGAGUUGGAUCGAGUGCAGAUAUUUUAUAUGCCUCAUCAGGGUCUUCAAGAGACUGGGCCCGAGACAUUGGGAUUCCCUUCUCAUAUACGUUUGAGCUGAGGGACAGUGGAACAUACGGGUUUGUUCUGCCAGAAGCUCAGAUCCAGCCCACCUGUGAGGAGACCAUGGAGGCUGUGCUGUCGGUCCUGGAUGAUGUGUAUGCGAAACACUGGCACUCAGACAGUGCUGGAAGGGUGACAUCUGCCAAUAUGCUGCUGGGCCUGCUGGUGUCCUGCAUGUCUCUUCUCUAAGUGCUUUUCACCCAGGCCUGCUCAACCCCAGUGGCAUGAGUAUGGCUGGAGGAACGGUGUGCUAUGGUUGUAAAGAAACCAAAUAAUUUAACUAAAAAUACUUCCUAUUUCAAUAAGGAAAAAUCAUGUCUGCGUUUUAAUAUUUGCUUUUCUGUGAGUUGAGCUUUAUUCCUUUAUACGAGGAAUUAGUUAGGUACUGCUACAAUAAUGCUACAAACCAAACCUCUCUAAAACCAAGUGGUGCAAAUCUACAGGUCAUGAUGCAGUGAUCUUGGUUGAGCUCGCUUAGGCAUCCAUGGUCAGUUUCAGGGCAGCUGGUAGAUCUCGGAUGAACUCACUCUGGGGGUUGGCUACUGUAGGCUAGUAUAGGAUAGCCUCAGCUGCAAUGAGGAACGGGGGCUGUGCUCCAUGUAUCUUCUCGUCCAGCACAUUAGUACCAUGCACUCAUGGCCAUGGUGAAGGAGCAAAAGCAGCAGAGCAAGUCUCAAUGUGCAGGCGCUUUUCAAACCUCUGCUUGCAUCCUAUUUGCUAACAUCCCAUUUGCCAAAGGAAGUCACGUGGCUGAGCUCUGCAUCAAGGGGUGGAGCAGAACAGAAGGUGGUGAGUAAAGAAUUGG